AUGAGGAUGAGCGAGGAGGAGAAGACGUCACAUCCGGAGUUACUGAGCAGCGAGGUGUCUGAAGGGCUGCUGCUGAAGCUGGAGGAUCUCGAAGCAAGGCUGACGAGGGACAUGGAGAGCAUGAGAUCACUUCUUGCAGGAGUGGCUGAGUACGAGAACCUUCUCCGAGAGCGGGCGAUGCUGGAAACAACCUUCACCGACUCCUCCAGGCUGCUGGAUCGCACUUCGAACUCGUACACUCUUCGGCGAUCGGAGGAGCGGUACAAGGCUCUGGUGCUCAAGAUCAUACCUGAGAGAAGGAAGGAGCUGCUGGGGACGAAGAAUGUUUCGAAAGAGAGGAUAGUCCGCAUCCAGCACAAUCGUGACAGAGGCGAAGAGCACAUCUCCCAAGUCUCACAGUCUAUCUCCUUCAUCUCUGCUGCAGAGCCUUCUAUAGAGCCAGACGCUUCUCCAGGUCAACCGCUAGUCUCCUCUCUGCACAGUAGCUCAAGUGCUUGUAGCUCGGCGGUCGAAGAAGCAAGAGCGUGCUUCAAGCCUGCUGAUGGACCGGGUGGAAGCCCUGGAGACCUGGGCAAGAGAGCGGUCCUGAAGCAGCAAGGAGAGAUAUCAGCGAUGCAGGACCAGGAGAGGCUGAUGAGACAAGAGCUGGGAGAGUCGGACUCCAAGAGCAGAGACGCGGCUAUCCACAAGCUGACAGUGAGGAUGAGAAGAAUGGAAGACAUGAUGAAGAGAUGUCAAGUCGGACAAGACUCGCCCAAGGCAGAGGAGAAAUCCAAGAGCAUGCCUGCGGAUGCGUUGGUGCUGAAGAAGGAUCAUAGCAAACUCCAAGAAUCGCUCAAGCUUGCCCAAGAAAAGAUUGUGACGUUGGAGGCCAAGCAAGGGAAGCUGAUAGAGCAGCUGGCGGAGCUCUCGCUCAAGCUGCAAGACAAGAAGUUCGUCCAGCCGUUAGACCUCAAGUCUGCCUUUCAGAGCUUGUUCCAAGGCUUCACCAACGUCCUCGACCCCUCUCAGCCAAAACGAGCCGGUAACUCGGGUGAGGAGAAGAAGGUUCGCUUCGCCUACAUCGGCGAGCACUUCGCUCACUCGCUACUGAGCGGCUUCAGCGCCAUCGAGAAAGUGGAGAAGAAGCAUCUUGAGCUCCUGGUCGAGCUGGAGGAGCAGCGGGAGAGGCACCAGCAGGAGAGGAUCGAAAUUUCCCGCAAGCUUGCGGACGUCCUGUCGAGAUGCGACAACUGCGACACCGUGGCAGAAGAAGUUAAACUCGACCUGCAGGAGGUCGCUGCUCGCGCAGAGGAAGGGAGGGAGGCAGCUCGGAGCGUGUGCUGUCUGAGCGACGAAGUGAUUUCCUGCCAGCAAGGCUUGGACGAACUCCGCUCGCGCACUGUCAUGCUGGAAGAGAGGAGCGGGCAAUCUGAGGGGAGCAAGUCAGCACAGAGACAGGGAGAUGUAAAGCAGGAAGGAGGUACAAGAGAGUGCGGAGAAGAGCAUGGGGAGGAGGGGAGGAGCGCGUUGGAGGAUCUUUCCUCGCGCGUGUCUCUCCUUGAAGCUUCUCUGGCAGCCUCUGCUCCCUCUCCCUCUCCCUCUAUAUCCGCUGAGGCCAUCAACGCGCUCAGUGAGGAGCUCACAGAGAGGAUAGAGGAGUCUGCGGCGCGACGAGACAGCAGCCUGAUGAAGACGCUGGAGGAGGCGAUGCUCUCCUGCGUGUCGCGCGACGACGUGCGAGAGAGUCUGCUGCUGUAUGCCAGCAAGAAGGACCUCAAGGCGAGCGAGAGCAGGACCUGGGAGCGCAUCGCCAAGGUCGAGGAGGAGGGAGCGCAGACUUCUGCGAUGAUCAAGCUGGCGAGGAAGGAGCUGGAGGGGAUGAAGAGUAGCUUCCUCCUCUCCUCGCAGGAGCUCGCGGCAAAGCUCUCGAGCCACGAAGAAGACUGUGCCGAGGCGGUAGACGCGCUGUCAGGCAGCAUUGCACAAGUCUCGUCCGAGCUCUUCAAGUUUGCAGCAAGUCAGUCGGAGCUGUUUGUUCGACGCGACGAGCUCGCCAGCAUUCGAACCUUGACGAGCAAGGCGGAGAGUGAAGACAACAGAAGCAGCGAGCUAGAGGAGGAGCGGGAGGGGGAAGAGACACAGCAGCAUUCGAGGGAAGAGGAGGCAAAGAAGGAUCAGGAGGGGAAAGGAGAGGGAAACUUGACGAGACAAAUGGUAUCAGCAUGUGGGUAUUGUUGA